UCGCCAGCCAAUCUGAGCGCGGGAGGGGUUGGGCCAGCCCGAGCCGGGAUGACUUAGAGCAAAGCCCCUGUCCCGGGGCCAGGCAGAGGGAGCUGUUGCGGCCAGUUUCAACAUGAAGUUAUAUCUGUGUCUGUUGGCCCUAAGCUGGAGUGCAUCUUUUGCUGCUCCAGGCCUAAAUCCUGCUUUGGAUGAUCACUGGCAAAUGUGGAAGACAUGGCAUAGUAAAAAGUACCAUGAGAAGGAGGAAGGGUGGAGGAGACUGGUCUGGGAGAAGAAUCUACAAAUGAUUGAAUUGCACAACCUUGACCACAGCAUGGGAAAACACAGCUACAGACUGGGAAUGAAUCAUUUUGGGGACAUGACUAAUGAAGAGUUCAAGCAGGUGAUGAAUGGACUCAAAUACACCAAAUCAAAAAGGAAAUCUAUCGGAUCACAGUUUCUUGAACCAAACUUCUUUGAGGCACCAAGAUCUGUUGACUGGAGAGAGAAAGGAUAUGUAACUCCUGUGAAGGAUCAAGGAGAGUGUGGCUCUUGUUGGGCCUUCAGCACAACUGGAGCCCUUGAAGGCCAACACUUCCGCAAAACUGGCAAGCUGGUUUCUCUGAGUGAACAAAACCUCGUGGACUGCUCUCGGCCUGAAGGAAAUGAGGGGUGUAAUGGGGGCCUCAUGGAUCAUGCUUUCCAGUACAUAAAAGACAAUGGAGGCAUUGACUCGGAGGAAUCCUACCCAUACAUUGCAAAGGAUGAUGAAGAUUGCUUGUAUAAGGCCGAAUACAAUGCUGCUAAUGACACUGGUUUUGUUGACAUCCCAGAAGGGCAUGAAAGGGCCCUCAUGAAGGCAGUAGCUGCUGUGGGGCCAGUCUCUGUGGCUAUUGAUGCUGGUCACUCCUCAUUCCAGUUUUAUGAAUCAGGUAUUUAUUAUGAACCACAGUGCAGUAGUGAAGACCUGGAUCAUGGUGUUCUUGUAGUCGGUUAUGGCUUUCAGGAAGAAGAUGCUGAUGGGAAGAAGUACUGGAUUGUUAAAAACAGCUGGAGUGAAAAGUGGGGUGACGAAGGAUACAUCUACAUGGCUAAAGACAGAAAGAACCACUGUGGAAUAGCUACUGCAGCUAGCUAUCCUCUAGUAUAGUUAUGCAGAAGGAAGAGUCCCUGGAACACCCACUGCAAUUUGUUCCUCUUCUGCUAGAGGAAGAACUGGGUUAUUCUUUCUGGUUUGCUGGCUUUUGACCACACUUGCAGGGUUCCUAAGUAUUCCAGCACCAGGAUGAUUUUUCAACUAACUUAAACACAUGUUGGUAAUACAUGUGGCUGUAUUGUCUCUUCCAAGAUAUGAAUCUGUAUUUUUUUUUUACCUUGAACUCUGUGAAGUUUACUUGAUGGCAAUGUACUCAUGUUUUAACUUAAUGUAAAUGUUGCAUAUGUACACUAGCUUAUAGCCUAGCUAAAAGAUACUCUUUUUUAUUUUGUUUUUUAAGUGGCAAACUUGCACAAAAGGGGUUGCUUUUAAAAAAUAAACACUGACAUUUCAACAUCCA